AGACAUAUCACCUGAUGAAAAAAAUAUUUCGAUGCCCACUGAUGAUAGUGACAACAAAAGUAGUGAGGAUGAUCUAAUUUACAAUAUAAGUGAUCUCGAAGAACUUAUAGCCUUCAAAUUUAGAGAAUAUAAAGAACUAGAUGCCAACGUUAGUUUUUCAAUAAUCAUAGAAAUUAAAAAUGAAACGGUGGAUCAAAAAAUUUUAUCUUUGAAACCUGGUCAGAUAUAG